AUGAUUAAUAUUGAUGACAUUAUUAAACAACUGAAUAAUACUAGUAUUAUUGAUAAGAACAUAUUACAACCUUAUAUAUAUAUUGAUAAUUUACCAUCUAAUAAUCAAAAUAUUAGACUGAAGUUUCUAAAUGCUUUUAAUGAAUUAUAUUUUAAAAUUAAUAAUCAACAAUUACUCAAUAAAAUAGAUUCAAUAAUUUCAAUUUUUCAUAAUAGUUCUUUAUUAAUCGAUGAUAUUGAAGAUAGUUCACAAUAUAGAAGAAAACAUAAAACUAGUCAUUUGAUUUAUGGUAUUCCAUUAACUUUAAAUUGUGGUAAUUUAAUGUAUUUUAAAGCUUUACAACAAUCACAAUUAUUAUCAAAUGAUUCACUAAUAAAAUUGAAAAUUUCAGAUAUUUUAAUUAAUGAAAUGUUGAAUUUACAUCAUGGUCAAGGUUUAGAUAUUUAUUGGAGAGAUUAUUUAAUUACAUUGGAUCAUUUACCACUGAUUCAAGAUUAUUUAAAUAUGGUGAAGGAUAAAACUGGUGGAUUAUUUAGAUUAAGUACUAGUUUGUUAAAUUUAUUUAGUGAGGAAAAGUUUGAUUUAAUUGCAGUUUCAAAUUUAUUAGGUAUAUUGUAUCAAAUUAGAGAUGAUUAUUUAAAUUUAGUUGAUGAAUCAUAUGGAUUAAAUAAAGGUAUAAAAGGUGAGGAUUUAAUAGAAGGAAAAUUAUCAUUACCCAUUUUACAUUGUCUUAUUGAAACCGGUAAAAGCUCACCAGUUUAUAAAUUAUUAUAUGAAUUUCAGAAUCCAAAUAAGAGGAAAGAACAAAUGGAUUUAAUUAGUGAAUGUAUUAAAUAUAUGGAAGUUGAGAGUUAUAGUUUGAAAUUUACACAAGAUUUGAUAUUACAAUAUAAGGAGAAAUUAAUGUCAUUGAUAUCUAAAAGAGAUGGAUGGGAUAAUUCAUCAUUAAUUCAAAUUAUUAAUCAUUUAUGUAAUGUUUAA